AUGAAUCAGAUGAAAAACUCCCCUGAGGAGUUGCGCUCUCUUCCGCCAAGACCUCAGAGUUUACCUGCAGCUUCCCCGAAGAGACGGUUUGUCAGGCUGGGAAGGAAGACCAGUGAUGGCUCUCAGCAGUCAGCUUCAUCCACCAGCAGUUUAUCGACCUGCAGGUCAGCCGAGGGCGUCGCCGUCCGACAGCCCAGCAAGAGCCGCAUCCGUCGCCAUACCAACCGUCUCUCAGGUGUCUUUCUCCAUCGGCCCGCCUCCAGCUCAGGCUCCAUGGCGCUGACCGCAGGACUCAGGUCAUCACUGUCCGUCCAAGCCAGGAAGGCCAGCAUGAUCUCUGCAGAUGCUCUAAUAGUGGACGACCCAGCCGAGCUGUCCAAUCAGAUAACUGCCCCGGGAAUCCUCAAGAUCUUUGGAAAUGAAAUCUGUGAAGGAGCUCACUACAAGAGCGUCCUGGCCACCACACACUCUAGCGCAAAAGAGCUCGUCAAGGAGGCCCUCGAACGGUAUGGCCUGGGUAAGGAAGAGGCAGAGUCCUAUGUUCUCUGUGACACCAUUGGCUCCAUUGGUAGCCUCCAGUGGAGAACAGAAGGGUUCAGAGUCGUGGGCGACAACGAGAAGCCUCUCCUCCUGCAGUCACUGUGGAAACCCAGAGAGGGUUUGGCAAGACGGUUUGAAAUCCAGAAGAGAAGCUCUGUGGAGGAGAAGACCUCCAAAGACAAGGACACCGUCACUGCUGGCAUCAACGCCCAGGCUCGUAAGCUGCAGAAGAGCCGCUCCAGAGUGACCUCCACCCUCAUAGACAGAACUCUGGGUCGGACCCAGAAACUGUGGAGGAGUAAAAGUGAGAUGGACCUCUUGGACACUGAGACCAAACAGGACAUGGAUCACGAUACGUGUGUCAAGGGUCGAUGUGAGAGCCUGAAUCGCUCUUCAGAGCAGUGCCCCAAAGCAGAUUUAGAACAGAAUCACAUUCACGGCCUGGCAGCUCCCUCCGAGGGGGACAGUGGGUCGCGGGCCAAAACAGAGACCCUCUGUCCGCCGAGGCCGAGGGGCGAGCGGGAAGGAGAGGAGUCGGAGAGGGAGGAGACGGAGAGCAGCGACGAUAACACCACACAGUACUCCAUUCACCCUCCUCACGACUGUCCCUACCUGCUGCUGCUGCAGGGUUGGAGCCUCGCACAGGACUUUGUCAUCUAUCUACUCGCUGGCCCAAACAUUGUUAUUGGUCAGAAAAGUGAUCACGAAGAUGAGUCGAAGGUUGACGUCCUCCUCUUUGCCGCCGACAUCCUACCGAGACACUGCUGCCUCCAUCGCUGCAGCGCCGGCGGCCCCACCAUUCUCUGCCCGGGUCAGGGCGCCGUGGUCACGAGAAACGGCCAAGUGCUGAGAAAUGACACGCAGCUCAGCCCUGGUGAUGUUAUUGGGUUGGGGCAGCACUACCUGUUCCUUUUCAAAGAUCCCUUAGCUGUGACACAAAAG